AUGCUGGAGGGAAACCACACUGCUGGAUGUACUUCAGCGACCAUGGCACGCCAAUGGGAUGACAAAAUCAGCACGGCUACGGUUGCUAUACCUUCAGAUAGUACCAUUUCACCUCCCUUUUCUCCUCCAUCCGCCACUCUAACAACGGUACGCAGGGUAAACAAAGAUGGCACAUUUGUCUACAUAAAAUACCACUUUCUAGCAAACAAUGGCGAAAAACAACUCUCGGCCGACGAAGCCCUCCGAUUUGGCGGCCAACACCUAGACUUCUCAAACCACGACUUCUGGCAAACAACUAAAAGGGCGGAUCCGAGGGAAUUGGGUUUCGACCCGCUCGAUGUUACGAAUGUUUGGCCGAAGAAGCUGUUUCCACUGCACGAACUUGGCAAGCAGAAUCUGAACAAGACCCCCGAAAAUUACCAUCGAGAUGUUGAACAAGCCGCCUUUUCAUCAGGAAGCAUGGUCACUGGAAUCGAAGACAGCCCUGGUCCCCUCCUGAAAUUCCGGAUGUUCUUUUACAGCGACGCACAGUACCACAGAAUCGGUGUAAACCUACACCAAGUCCAAGUAAACUGCCCCUUCAUGUCCGGCUCCUAUUCCUCCCUGAACUUCGACGGCUUACUCCGCGUCGAUCUAAACCACGCCAUGAACCCCAAUACACACUAA